CUCGCCAAUAAAACUCAGAGGAAGAUGGUAACCAGUGUCAGUAAUCGAAAUCUAUGAACAUUUGCUCCUUUGAAUUUGCCCGUUGUCGGUGUUUUUUUUAAUUAACAGUCUGAAGAGUCCCUUGAAAGCACAGUGACUGAUCUGUGAUCGCAGACGAAGCAGCCAUGUCAUCAACAUCAAAAAAACAUAGAGACUUUGUGGCUGAGCCAAUGGGUGAAAAGAAUGUGGACGCUCUCGCCGGCAUCGGAGACACUCUUGGCAGCAGACUGACGGAAAAAGGUUUUGACAAGGCGUACGUCGUUCUCGGGCAGUAUCUGGUGCUGAAGAAAGACGAGGAACUUUUCUGCGACUGGCUGAAGGACACUUGCGGUGCAAAUGCCAAACAACAGCGCGACUGCUUCGGCUGUCUUAAAGAAUGGUGUGACGCCUUCCUAUAAAUCUCUCUCACUCACACACACACACACACAGGUUUGUUUUCUACUUUUUUUUUUUUUUUUUUUUUUUUUUUUUUUGGAAGUCAGAAAUGGUGUUUACCUCUUCCGUGAUUGUUCAACUCAGCCCGACUGUAUGUAGGAUCUCGCACUGUCCACACUGACACUUAAUGUUUUUAAAGGAUAUUUAAACCUGUUGGUGUAAAUCCAGUAUGGAAAUCGCAUGCCUUGUUCAUCAGCCAGUGUAUCUAAAUUUGUCAAUGGCAACCUUCUUCCCCUGGCAAAAUGAUGCAGACUGGGCAAUACGCUUCUUUUGAAGAAGCUGAUAGUCUCAGAAUUCCAUUUCUUACAGUUUGCAGAUCUGGUUUCAAAGAAUUAUUUGAGCUGAUUGAACCUGCCUACUUUUCUAGAGAAAGUUGUUCCCGUUCUAAACACUCUUCUCCACAGUUAUUGGAAUAAUGCAUGUGGUUUCUGCUUUAGGUUCAUUUUAUUGCUUGUUCAUUGUAUUUUCAGACACUGGGAAUGUCACCUCAUUAUUUUGACCAUUGCUGGGUUGUUGUGUGACUUGAAGGUUUUAAUCUCAAAGCAUUUUGAUGGAUGUUAAAUCACAAUCCGUCUGUGAAAAGUAACACGUUACCACUAUAAUUCAGAAAAAAAAAUUGUAUGCAGACUCUUCAGUGUGCACCCGUUCAGUUUUAAAGCCUUUGGAAAGUUGUAAUGCUGUAUUUUUGUAUCACAAAAUCAGUCUUUUUUUUUUUUUUUUUCCCCCCAUUUAGCGAUUGAAGUAUUUUCCAUGAGAACAUGUGGAAGUUGCCUAUGCAACAAAAAAUAGUGACUGACUUCUGCCGGGUUAUAUGGUUGUGAUCGUUGCUUUCACUGGAGUAGAUUUUGAGAGAAGUUUUCACUCUUUGACACUUUAUGCUAUAAAAUGGGGAACCAACUGUUUUGGAAUUUGCAUGUGAUUUAUAUUAUUAUUGCUUAUGGAAAUCUGUACAAAUGGGUCUGCUGCAUUAAAUGAUACAUUUUUGUGCAUAUCUGCAGAUUCCAUCUUUUUAAAAAAUGGGUCACAUUACCUGGGACAAGUUCUGAAAUGAUUUGAUUGGUCAGCCAUCAGAAAGUCAUUUAU